UCGAACGUAUGCCAUUCGAUUGUACUUGGCCUGAGAUAGUUCGUCCAUAAACCGUAAAGUAGACCGUUUAAUUCUUUUUAUCCGAAAAUUUUGAAGAUCCUGGUAAUUAUGAAUUAAUGCAGCAGUAGUAGCUGGUAGUUGCGAUAUGGCUGAGUAUCGAUCUGGUUCGUAUUGCGUGUCUUCCGGAGUAGGCAGCGAUUCAGAAGUCAUGGCUGAACUAGCAGCACUGCUGCAUCAGGAAAUUCCUGAAGGAAGGCACAAUCUUGCAGACAGUCAUACAAAUCUUGAACGUGUUGCGGAUUAUUGCGAGGCAAAUUAUUUUCAAGCUGACAAUAAAAGGAUUGCAUUGGAAGAAACAAAGAAUUAUACGACUCAAUCAUUGGCUAGUGUAGCAUACCAAAUAAAUACUCUCGCUUAUAAUUUUCUUCAAUUAUUAGAUCUACAAACAUCUCAGUUAGCUGAGAUGGAAAGUCAGAUGAAUCAUAUAGCUCAAACUGUUAUGAUACAUAAAGAAAAAGUUGCUAGACGAGAGAUAGGUGUAUUAACGGCUAACAAAAUGACAGCCCGUCAAUAUAAAAUUAUUGCACCAGCAAAUCCUGAAAAGCCUAUUAAAUAUGUAAGAAAAAGUAUAGAUUAUACGAUUUUGGAUGAUAUUGGCCAUGGUGUACGUAGUAGUGGUACACCAAGAAGUAAACAAAGAGGUGGUAGUCAAGGUAGCGUUCAGAGCUUGGGUGCAACAUCUACUGGUUCUGGUUUGGGUGCUGCUAUGGUAGGACCUGCACCUACUACAAAGCCACCGACUCCUCCUCAAACAGUAAGGACUGGAACACUGAGUAAGGGUUCACGUGAGUACAGAACUCCACCUGCGGUUGCUCCACCACAAGUUCCUAGUCAUUAUGCGCCAAAUUAUCCAUUGGGUCAUCCAAGACGCGAGCGUGGCCCAGGAUAUAGUACAUUGCCAUUGCAUGCACAUACAACUUCUCAUUCUUCUCAUAAUACCAAUCACUCUACUCACACGAACAAUAUGACGCAACAUACAUCUCCACCACAAGUUGGUACGGUUCAUCCAUUGCAAAGCCAUCCACAGACACCACCACCAGCACCACCCAGUGUUACAGGAGCUGCGGGAUAUAUACAGGAGCAACAUAAUAAUAUGCCUCCACCGCCUUCUCCAUUGGUCGGUAUUAGUGGAGAUAUGGCUGAUUAUAGUGGUCAUCAUACUUUACCGCAUAGAUUAGCUCAUCAAAUUAGUCGAAGUAGCGGUGCUAGCAGUCCACCACUGCCACCUCCUCCACCUCCGGAACAAGAGGAACAUCCACAAUUUGGUAGACCAACACCUUCCAGUGGUGCUAUAAUGCCUAUUGUACCGGACGAAGAAGAUUUACCUGGUUGGGUACCAAAAAAUUAUAUCGAGAAAGAUAGGACUAAAGUGAUGCCGUCUGCUGAUGAAAGGGAACCUUCUGGAAUCUCCAUAAUGGUCUGACUACUCGCAUUUCACCGAUAGGCUGCUGCUAAGAGGUUCGAACAUCCACAACGAAGAUAAGAAGAAGGGUGCUUCGAAAUAACAAGUUCGAAGACGUAACGGCUUAUGCAAGGAUCUUCUUCUUCUUCUUCCUCUUCUUUUUCUUUUUCUUUUUUUCCUCUUCCUCAUCCUCCUUCUGAUUUUUGUUUUUCUCAAGGUCUUAAAGUUUUGUCCGGAUUCGCGUGAAGAUGAAGUUCCACGGAGCUUUUCUUUUUCGAACGGAUUGGCAUCAAAGAGGAAUGAGAUUUUUUUUUCGUCGUUGACAGAUCGAUCGAACAAUGUCUGCGUUACAUCGACGUGAUAUAUGUAUUGGACGAAAGAAAAGAAAAGGAAAAAAGAAAAGUAAAAAAAGAAAAGUAAAAAAGAAGAAAAAAGAAAAAAAAUACAAAACCACGAAAAAUUUGAGUCAAUUUUACGAAGAUAUUGAAAAUAAUUUUGAAUUUGUUUAUAGUACUAGUGUCACUUUAACGACGCGUUUACGAAGUCCUCGAAAGGAAACGAAAUGUCGAAAUAUUUUGAUCGAAAUCGAAUCUAAGAGUUUCGCGAGAGAAAGAAGGGAAGAACGAAAAAAGGAAAGAAAAGAAAAAAAGAACAAAAAAGAGAGAGAGAGAGAGAGAGAGAGAGACAAGACAAAAUUUGUUACUAUUACGAGAAAUCGAUUGUGGCCAAUUAAAGCUUAACAAAACGAUCAAAGUCCUUUUAAGACAUUUAACAAGGAAAAAAAUCAGAAACGAAAAGGAAAGGAAAAAGAAAAGGAGAAUGAGAAAAACAAAGUGAUGGGGGAGUGGUGGAGGGGGCGGGGACGAAAAUUAAAAUUCAAAAGAAGUUCACGUUUUACUUUCUCUCUUGGGGAAAAAUAAAAUGUUAUUCGCUCGUAAUUGAUAAAGGUCGAGCCAAUGGCCAAUCUAAACGAUAUUCUCUCUAUUUCGUGGAAGUAACACAGAAGUAAUACUCCUAUCCGACGUGACGUAAACUGCCAAACUACAAGUAGUACAACCCGUAAUUAAGUAGCAGCUACGUGGGAUUUGGUAAGUUCAGGGAUGAGGAGGUGGAAGGA